UGAGACACUCCCCUUUUCGCUAUCUUGCGAGCGAAUCUCCCAGGGAAGACCAAACGUGACCAACCAAACUCUGUCUUGAGCGCGGAACCCGAAUUUUAUCUGACAUGACAUUGAAUGCACGUCACUGAGUGGAUCCCAAUAACGUCAGUUUAUUAUUCGUGAAUCACCAAGAGCAGACUGAUCUCGGUGUUGUUUUGGAAGCCCAUUGUUUUCCUGGAGACACUUCCUGAUGGAGAUACUCGGCUGUGUUGACAUCUCUCCAACAUGGAUUCUGUGGAUAUCGGUUUUGUUUCUGAUUUAUGUAUAUGGAAAGAAGAGGAACCGUUUGUUCAAGGAUGCUGGUAUUCCUGGUCCGGAGCCUGUGAUUUAUAUUGGGAACUUCCAUCAAAUAAUUCAGCACGGUCUGGACUUUGACAACAAGCACUUCAAACAGUAUGGUAAAGUAUACGGGGUUUUUCUAGGUGGACUUCCGAUGGUCAGUGUACUGGAUCCCGACAUUGCCAGAGAGAUCCUGAUCAGGGAUUUCCAGCAUUUCACGGACAGAGUAAUAUUGGACCUGAGCAACUACCCAGUGAACAAAAGUGUUCUCCUUGAGAAAGGCGCCAACUGGAAACGAAUCAGGAAUAUUAUAAGCCCGACAUUCAGUGCCUCCAAACUUCGCCUGAUGUGCGACAGAAUAAACCAAUGCGCCGAUAAACUAACAACCAACUUUGUUAAAGCAGCGGAAUCGAACGAGAGGAUUGAUGUCAAAGGAUACUUUGGUGCAUUCACAAUGGACGCCAUAGCAAGCACAGCGUUUGGGAUCGAAGUGGAUUCCCAAAGUGACUUCAAAAAUGCUUUUGUUGAGGAGGCAAAGAAGUUCUUUGGGCAAGGAAUCUUAAACCCUGUUAUGAUGAUUAUUAUGAUUUUCCCCGCACUCACUCCCUUCUUCAGAGCUUUAGGUGUGAGCGGUUUUUCAAAGAGCACUCUAAAGUUCUUCACGAAGGUACUGAAUGAAAUGAUUGAACAACGCAAGACUGAUUUAAGGAACGGAAAGAUGAAACGACAAGACUUCUUCCAACUUCUGAUGGACGCAGAGGAUGAUGGGACUGAUGAAAACCCCAGUCCAGAGUGGAUCUCAAAGCAAAAAAGGGACAGUCAGAGUGGAUCUCAAAGCAAAGAAAUGACCAACGACGAAAUACUUGGACAGGCUUUGUUAUUCUUCAUUGCUGGAUACGAAACUACGGCAAACACCCUCCAUUUUGUUGCCUACUCUCUGGCUAGGAACCCGGAUGUACAACAGCGGCUCACUGAAGAAGUCGACUCGGUUUUGGGAGACAAAACUCCAGACUAUGACAAUAUUGGCGGCCUGAAAUACAUGGAUCACGUGAUCAUGGAGACUCUCAGACUGUAUCCUGCUGUAACCGCAGCAACACGCGAGGCCACGGAGACUGUCACUAUCAAGGGUUACACAUUCCCCAAGGGCUGUGCAGUCGUCGUCCCUGCUUUGGGGAUACACAGGGAUCCUGACAUAUACCCUGACCCCCACAGCUUUAAGCCUGACAGAUGGGAGCGGAAGUCUGAAAUGGACCCCAUGAAUUAUCUCCCCUUCGGUCAUGGUCCACGUCAGUGUUUGGGAAUGAGGCUUGCACAGGUGGAAAUGAAGAUGGCCCUGGCUCGAAUUCUCAGACAGAUUCAAUUUGUGCCUGCACAUGACACAUUGGCAUCUAUCAGAGAAGUGGACGUCGAUGUAAACACAGGAAUAUUCAACACCAAGAAGCCUAUCAUGCUCAGGGUCCAAGUCCGUUCAGACGAGUAAGAUGGCAAAGACCCAGUGUUCUCAGAGCCUGACAGCGCCGACAUCCGCAUCAUCCAGUGUAUUAUCUCCCUUGUGUUACAUUAAGACCAGGGACUAUUUCACCAACGUGGCUUCGUUCUUUAGUGCCAAGCUAAAUGGCUGCCCAAUUAAAUGACAUUUUUUUAAUUCAUUGAAACAAGACGCGAUAUCACUAGUUUGAAUCUUCUCAUGCGUCCGACCAUCUUUCAUAUAUGUUAACGCCUGGUUGCAAGCAACUUAAUUCCUUCUAGCCGUCUAAAUAUUGAACAAAACAGUUUUUUUCCAAUUCAUUUACAACAGUGUUGGGUGUGGGCUAAAUGAACUGAAGAGCAUGUGUAAGCCCAAAUAUAGAUCUUUGCCAAACUUUGUUCAGAAGAGUGACUUUCAUUACGCUCAUGAGCGAGAAAAAAUCUAUGGUAGGCUGGUGGUAAAUACAUGGUACUGGUGACGUUACUCAAAAGAUGUUGUCUCACAUUUUUUUUAUAUUUCCGUAGAUAUUUUGUCAUCCGUUUAUAAUACCUAACAGAGAGAAUGUAUUCCGUCGGGAUUAACAACCCUUGACUUAACUUGUACACGCAAUGUUUUAAUCCACGUUCAAUGCCCAGCAUAUGUGUAUCAGUAAGGCACUGAGUCUGGUAUCUGUCUGUGUGUCAAAAGUAGGCCCAUACUUGAGAAAUGAUAAUGAUACGUCAAAUUCGGUUUGGUAGCAUGGAUUGUAUAUAUAUUUCAAUUAUUUUCUAAAUUUAGAGAGAGUUUUUUCUCAAUUACUUCGAUUAUAUUCUAUUUAGUUUAUAGUUAUCUAAGUAUAUUAAAAUUACCUUUUCUCGUUAUUUCAAGUAAUUCCUUGAAAUUUUGAGUUUGUUUUCAAUACAUUGAUUUAGCUUUUCAGAUUGCGCAGGAUUUGGAUGAAGACUUACGACAUGAGACUUCUGAUGUAGAAGUGUAUAGUCUUUGUUUUAAUAAAAAAAUAUAAACAUUAACAUACUUCCCAA